AUGCGCUUCACACUCGCUUCUGCUGCCUCCAUCCUGGCCUUCACCGCCACCACAUUGGCAGAUGACCAGAAAUCGUACCUCCAAGCCGGCACUAAUGAGGAGUACCUUUCUGCCUCAAUUGCCAUCGACGGAUUUACCCACUAUGCGCUCCUGACUGAUGCCAAGUCUGCCACUCCCGCUAUCAUCACUGGUCAGGGUGGUGAGCUCCAGGUCGACCUCAGCAGUAUCAGCGGUGCCGGGGUAACUGGCCUUUUGACUCUCGAGGAUAAAGAGGGAUACUCUGGCCUUAAACAUGCCAUUUUUGGAAACCCUUCUGUUGUCACUGCUAGCUCCGGCUGGGACUUCCCGUCCACAUACGGCAACCUGACUUCUAGCCUUGAUGCCUUUCAUGGAUGGUAUGCCUGCUUUGCUGCUGUUGGCGUCAAGCAGCUUUACUGGUCUGACUGGGCAAAUUACAACGGUUCCGCCCCAACAAAUUGCGAGAAGGUCACUUUGCACCGAGUUUUCAUGUAA